UUGAAAUCAAUAUAAAUAUCGCUAGAUUAGUUUGCUUGUACCAGUCGGUGUUGAGUUUAGGGGAACGGUCAGAUCUGUACCUCAGACAGUGUUAUCAUGGCAAAUAUUUUGUUGGUUUCGUUUGUGGCCUUGGCUUCUGUCAUCUCACUCACCCUGGGUCAAACUGUGGUUGUAGUUAAUCAACCUGGGCCUUGCUUUGGUUGUGUGUUAAGGAAUGGUAUUGGAUACGUGGUCCCAGAGAAUCCGGAGUGUGACACUUACCUUCAGUGUCAAUUUAACCAAGAUGGUGUAGCUGUGGGUACCUUACAUCGAUGUGGGUUUGGUACUUACUGGGAUCAAGAUGCACUCACGUGCAACCAUAUAGCCCUAGUGCAGUGUAAUGAUACUCGGUGUUUAGGUAAAUCAGAUGGAUAUCGGUUCAAGGUCAGUGGAAAAUGUAACGAAUAUUACGAAUGUGAAGGCGAAACUCGACAAAAACGUGCCUGUAACGAUGGAUUUUCGUUCAAUGACACUACUCAGACCUGUGAGGCAGACCAAAAUUGUAUCGCACCACAACCAGUUGGUUGCACUUUAAUCGAAGACCCAAACAACGUAUGUGUGUUUGGCCAAAUGGUGGACGGCAUACAAAUCACACAGAAUUGUGCUCCAGGGCUGGGCUUUAAUGUAUCUACAUGUGCGUGUUCGAUACUUGCUCCAUCAUGUGGUCCAGUUUCUGUUCCAUGUGAACCGCUGGUUGAUAUCGACUUUGAAACCGCUGAGGCCGGAGAGUAUGACAACUAUGGCGCUGUUAUCGACACCGCCGCCGGUACAGCCUAUUUUAAUGGAAGCACUGCUAUCAGGAUCCUUCGCUUGUCUAACGUGGAGUUCACGGGAAAUCUGACAAUCCAAGUGUCCUACAGGGUAGAUUAUAGCACCCCCAUUCGGCGCACGAAUGAAGAAGCAGUGAUCACCAAUGGAGACUGUGGCGAAUUGGCUACCAUUGAAAUCACCAGGACUGGCCCGACAACUAACCUCAGGGCAGCUACCUUUGAUUCAACUUUGACAAGAACUACUACUGAUUUGUCAGUCAAUACCCAAGAUGACUGGCGCGAUGUAGAAUUCUUCUAUAAUAAAGCUGCAACUAAACUGUUUGGUACAGUCAAUGAUAAUACAGUCGACAAACCCUUCAAUCAAACCAUUGUGAGAUCACAGUGUGCCUUCCAAGUGGGCCGUGGUCCAGGUUUAGAUAAUUUCCGAGGUUGGAUCAGAUAUAUUAUCGUUACCACAUGUGACUAGAAAGCAUCCACCAAAUCCUAUCAUCUGAAUUCAUCAACGAAAUGGCCAUAUCUACUUUAUUUUUUUGUUUUUAAAUACUAUUUUCUUUAAUUUUUUUGGAAUGAGCUACACGUGAAAGUAAUGUCUACCGACAAGAGAAUACCAGUGUACGGUUAAUUAUAUUUCAAAAUGUUUUUGCAUAGAAUUUUGUACGUACGUUCACUUCUAAUUUGAAAUAAAUGUUACGUUACAAAAUAAA